GUCGCCGAGUCCGGCUUUUGUGUGCGGGCUGCUGGUCCCUGGCUUCCUAUUGGCUCCCUUUUGCCUGGUUCUUCUAGGUCUCUUUCCAGCCCUCACGCACCCGUUUCCUAGUUUCAUCUUCCUCGCUCUUUUCCUCUCUCCUUCCUUCGCAGCUCAGCAUGCAGAAAAAAGACGUCUCCCCAUACGGUUUCCUGCCAAACUUCCAGCAUUUCGCCACGCAGGCCAUCCAUGUGGGCCAGGAACCAGAGCAAUGGAGCUCUCGGGCUGUCGUGGCCCCCAUCUCCAUGUCCACCACGUUCAAGCAGGGGGCUCCCGGCAAGCACUCGGGUUUUGAAUAUAGCCGUUCGGGAAACCCCACCAGGAAUUGCUUGGAAAAAGCAGUGGCAGCAUUGGAUGGGGCUAAGUAUAGUUUGGCCUUUGCUUCAGGUUUAGCAGCCACUAUGACUAUUACCCAUCUCUUAAAAUCAGGAGACCAAAUUAUAUGUAUGGAUGAUGUAUAUGGAGGUACAAACAGGUACUUCAGGCGGGUUGCAUCUGAAUUUGGAUUAAAGAUUUCUUUUGUUGAUUGUUCCAAAACUAAAUUACUAGAGGAGGCCAUUACACCAGAAACCAAGCUUGUUUGGAUUGAAACCCCCACAAACCCUAGCUUGAAGAUGAUUGACAUUGAAGCCUGUGCACAUACUGUCCAUAAACAUGGAGACAUUAUUUUGGUUGUGGAUAACACUUUUAUGUCGGCAUAUUUCCAGCGACCUUUGGCUCUGGGAGCUGAUAUUUGUAUGUAUUCAGCAACAAAAUAUAUGAAUGGCCACAGCGAUGUUGUAAUGGGCUUAGUGUCUGUUAAUUCUGAGAGCCUCCAUGAGAAGCUCCGAUUCCUGCAGAAUUCAAUUGGGGCAGUCCCCUCUCCUUUUGACUGUUACCUCUGCAAUCGAGGUCUGAAGACACUACAAGUCCGAAUGCAGAAGCAUUUUGAAAAUGGAAUGGCAGUUGCUCAGUUUCUGGAGUCACAUCCUCUGGUGGAAAAGGUUAUUUAUCCUG